AUGGAGCAUUUUCGAAAAAAUCCUGAUCACAUGAUACCAUAUGGGAAGAGAAACUCACAGAAAAAGAUAAUUCAACCGAGACGAGAAAAAAAAUACAGGUACAAGUCGGAUGAGAACUUGAACAUCGAGGUGAAGAAAGAAGGUAACAAAGAAAAGAUUGUUAUAACACCCAAACCUCAUUGUUUCAAGAAGGGGAAUAAAAUAGAAAAAAAAUUCUACUGUGAGGUUUGUGAAUUUAAAACACUUAGCUACAGUACACUGAUGGUACAUAAGAAUAGGAAUCAUAAUUUGGCUAUGAGAUGCCCAGGGUGUUUUCGUCACUUAAAUUCGAUAGCUGAAUUGAUAAAACAUUUAAUGGAUAGUCCCAAUCAUAUGACGACUUAUCUCAGAUGCAACAUUUGUGAUUUUGGAACCUACGAUGAACGGGCAUUAACGAUUCAUAAGAAGAGGAAACAUUUUUAAUCAAUUCAUGACGGAAGUGAACGAAGAUCCGUGAAGGUGAAAAUAUCUAAUGUGAGUAGAAAGUAUUAUUCCUGGAAUCGAAAAGAAGAAAAUGAGAAAAGUAUGGACGUCACUGACACAAUCGAAGUAGAUUCUUACGUUUGCAUAUAAACUAGAAGAUUUCAAAUAACCGACUUUGCAAUAGAGGCAAACGAGAAAUAUGAAGUGAAACAACGUCUGAACUUGGGUACCUAAAACAUAUUGUAUAAUGAACCAAAAUUUAACCCACAUUAUUUCACUACUGAUUAAUCGAUCGGCCAAGGAGAAUUACGAGAGAAAAUAUGGACCAUAACUGAACGAAAGAGAAAAAUUACGACUUUUCUUUGAUAGUGCUGUUCGAACAUCCAUGAAAGUGAAAAAGUAUAAUUAUUGAAAAUAAAUUUUACGAAAUUUCA